UAGUUUGGCUGCAUCUGUGUGUUGAUUUCCAGCAUUCAAUAUUGGGAAGGGAGCAGUAGCCGGAGGAGCAGCACUUGGUCUUGGUGCACUGUGCUAUUAUGGCUUGGGACUUGCUAAUGAAAGUGGAGCAAUUGAUCGUGCAAUGUUAUGGCCAGAUUAUGUUCAGAAACGAAUCAAGGACACAUACAUCUAUUUUGGAGGUUCACUUGCUUUAACAGCAGUCACUGCUACAGCAGCAUUUCGCUCACCAGCACUCAUGCGAUUUAUGACAAAGUCCUCAUUUCUAUCUUUGGCAGGAACAUUGGCAGCUAUGAUUGGAACUGGCAUGGUUGUACAUAAUAUUCCAUAUAAGGAAGGUUUUGGUGCCAAGCAGCUUGCUUGGAUAGCUCACACUGCUGUUUUGGGUGCAGUUGUUGCUCCAUUGUGCUUCAUAGGAGGUCCCCUGAUUGUACGGGCUGCUUGGUAUACUGCUGGUGUGGUAGGUGGUCUCUCAGCUGUUGCUGUCUGUGCACCAAGUGAAAAGUUUCUCAGUAUUGGUGGGCCAUUGGCAAUUGGUUUAGGGGUAGUUUUUGCAUCUUCUCUUGGGUCUAUGUUUCUACCACCUACAACUGUCCUUGGAGCUGGUCUGUACUCCAUUGCUAUGUAUGGUGGCCUCGUGUUGUUCUCUGGAUUUCUUUUGUAUGAUACGCAGAGAAUAAUCCGUGCUGCUGAGAUUUAUCCAAUGUAUGCUUCACAUCCAUUUGACCCUGUUAAUGCGUCAAUUUCCAUCUACCUGGAUACCAUUAACAUCUUCAUUCGUAUCGCAUCAAUUAUGGCAUCUGGCAACAGGAGGAAAUGAACAUAUAAUUAUUUUUUAAGUAUUUAUGACUGCACUGCGAAUUUAGAACAUACUGUCUAAAAUGUUAUGUGACAUUGUAAUUCCAAAUACAUAUUAUUUAGAUAACCAAAUAUUUUAGUGUGACAACAUGAAGACUGAGAAACCUUUCCAUUUCAUAAUGAAUUAAACAUUAGAUUCAUGGAAGUAUUAAUUGUGUACAGAAUAUCUUUUCUGCCAUUGUACAUUUCAGAAAUAUGUAAACACUACAAAAUAUAAAUUCUGUAAAAACUGCA